AUGGAUGACCAUGACGAAUUCGAACAAUUCCAACAAAAUCUGAGACAUCAGUCAAAUGCCGGCAAUGUACCAAAUCGAAAUGAUCCCGCAGAAUGCAGUAAUGAUUCGCAAGUAAAAAGUCAAACACAAAUAGAUCAAUUAAUGGUUACAGUACAGUCAGUGUUGCAACAAAAUGCCGCCAUGUUAAACAUGUUGCAAUUGAGUCAACAACGAAAUAUAGUACCUGAACAACAACCUGUAGCUAGUGCCACAGAUGAAGAAAAUACUACGAAAAAUUUUAAUAUAAUGCCAGAUUUAUCAAAAACUAUUGACAUAUUUGAUGGUGAAAACGGUCCAGUGUCAGCAAAUAAGUGGUUGAAACAGAUAGAGAGUGCAGCGGUCCUACAUUCCUGGCCAGCACCGUUUGCAUUUGAAGCAGCAAAAAAUAGUUUGAAGGGAGCUGCAAAAUUCUGGUUAGAUGCUAAAGACGUUAAUGACUGGGACUCGCACAAGGUCGCAUUUAAGAAAACAUUUAUAUUUGCCAAGAAUAAGACGGAGUUGUGGAGUAGUAUGCAACAAAGAAUACAGAAACCAAGAGAAAGUGUUAGUCUAUACUUUUAUGAGAAGCUGAGCCUUUGCAAAGAACUAGAAUUGGAAUUUUCUGAGAUAAAAGAGCAAAUAGCCAUAGGGUUAUGGUCCAAAGAGUUAAGUGCAUUUAUAAUAAGUAGAACGCAUAUGGAUGAGGACGAACUUUAUCAAGACAUAGUUAAGUAUGAAAGAAUUGACAAUACCAGAAGAGAAAGAAUUUUGGAUGGAAAGGACAAAAAAGUAAAGCAAGAGAGAAGGGACGAUAAAGAGAGAAAACCCUUAUUAAGAAAUGAUCAAGCGCAACCAAAAUAUUAUAAUUGUGAGACAUUAGGACACAUUGCAAAAUUUUGUAGUCAACCGAAGAAAGAAAUAAAAUGUUACAAAUGUGGACAUACUUCUAAGUAUUGUGAAAAACCUAUGAAAAUAGAAAAAGCAGAAGUGAAAUUAGUAAAGACUGAUGUACAACCAAACAGUUCUGCAAAAUAUAUAAAGAAUAUCUUACUAAAUGAUCAGAGAUACACAGCUAUGAUUGAUCCAGGCAGUUCAGAUUGUAUAAUGGGAAAUUUUCCAAUAGAGAGACAGAUGUGUGAACUAAACGACUUUGGAGAUGGUACAAAUGUUGUAAAGUGGUAUGGAAGAAUAAUGACCACAAUUAUUGUUGAUGGCGUGGAGAGUUGUGUUAUUAUCGGAAGAACAUAUACCGAAUUGCCUCAUGUAGUAUAUUACAAACUAAAUGGCGAAUUGCAUUUUCAAGCGAAUUGUGAUGAAACCUUGCCCUUAUUUAUGACAAACAAGAGAUAUGAAAAAACGGAAGUCAGUAAAUAUGAGUCUCUGCCAUCUAGAAGGAUGAACUUCAUCGACGUUAAAAUGUAUGAGAAAGGAUUUACGUUACCAGUUAUGAACCUUGAAGAAGAUGACAAGAUCUUAAAAAUGGGAGAUAAAUUAACAGAGAAAAUAUUUUCCGUGAAAGAAUUACCAUUUAUAGAAAGCAAAGAAAAGGAGAUGGUGAUGGAAGAAGAAAUAAGUUUCGACAAAGAAACCAUAUCGUGCAAAUCAAGAGGACUGAACCAAAAUAAAGGAAAUUGUUACCGAGUUGAGUUGAGUGCUGGGUUGGUACAAGAAACUACAUCGGCUUAUGCAAGUCCAGUUUUGUUAGUUACAAAAAAAACUGCUGAAUCUAGACUAGUCGUGGACUAUCGCAGACUAAAUGCUCAAACGGAGCAAAUCAAUUUUCCUUUACCUAAUCUUGACGAAUAUAUGGAAUUAUUAUAUGGAAGUAGUAUCUUCAUAACACUAGAUUUGGCCCAUGGUUAUCUUCAGAUGCCCUUGGAGGAAAGUAGCCGACAGAAGACCGCAUUUAUAACUCCAGAUGAGACAGGAGAGUUCACCAGAGCCAUGUUUGGCCUUAUGAAUGCCCCUUUUUACUUUUCUAAACUGAUGCACCAAGUGUUAGGCCCCUUACAGGGUAAAACGGUUAUAUUUUUCCUCGAUGACAUUCUUAUACCAGCUAGAGAUUGGACUGAAUUAAUGUUACGUUUAAGACAAGUAUUGAUGAGAAUAAGAGAUGCCAAACUAACAAUCAAGUUAUCAAAAUGUGAGUUUGGGAAACGGGAAGUGGAAUAUUUAGGAUUCAGGAUAAACGCACACGGAAUUCAACCAGGAGCCAGAAAACAGCAUGCUAUAGAAUCGUUUCCGAGACCAACAAAUGUUCAUUCAGUAAAAAGAUUUUUGGGGUUAGCAAGCUUCUUCAGAAGGAAAACGCACGUUUUCAUGACGAAAACUAAAGUAGAACUGGUUACAACAUAA